AUGAUCGAAUUUUACUUUUUUCAAAAUAGAUCCAAACAGAAAGAAUUGGACGAUAUCUAUGAUGUCCUUCAUACAAAGUUGGAUCAGUUCACUAUACAUUCAAUUUAUUCUAAUAUUUAUAUGAAACAAUUAAACAGUAUUUUAGAGAGAUUGUGUAUUAUACGUGAAGAAAUAAUUAAACCCAUAACCAUUGAUCUGAUCAAUAAGAAUUCAAACAAUAUUGUUUCACUUAUUAAUAGCCAUGAUUUAAAUACUUCAGAAAUUUAUCAACUACGAGAAGAAGCUCUACAAUUAAUUUUAAAUAUAACUUCAAUUGAGUUAAAAUCAAUAAUUUUGAAAGAUCCAAAUCAUUAUAUCAACUUAAUAAUUCAUAUGAAAUGGAAAUUUCAAGAAUUAAAUAAUUUAGAAUUUCAUCAUGAAAGUAUUCAAUUAUUCAAUAAUCAAUUAACUGUAUUCUAUUCAUCUUUAAUUAAUAAUAAUACAUCAAUUCAACAACAAGAUAACUGUGGUUUUAUUAAAAGUUUAGCUUCUAGACGAAGAGAAUUUUUAAUUCAAUACGAUAUACAAUGUAAAUUCUUCUUUGAAAAAUUAAAUUUGAUUAAAGUACAAUUUGAAAUUAUCAAACAAAUGUUCUCAUGUUGUAUGAAACAAGAUAUUCUUAAUAAUAGUGAUGAUUUAAUAGAUUCACAUUCAUCACAAUCACCAUUUAUAAAUGUUUAUGCAUGUUUCAAUACCAUGAAACAGUUCUUAAAAUCAUAUUUUGAACAGUUGAAAAAAAUCGAAUCAUUUAUUAAAACAAUUGAAUAUGACUCAAUCUUCUUAAUUUCAAUGACAAUACAACGCGUACUUACAAACGAGUCAAAACAAUUGAUUAAUAAUGAAUUAUGUAAUAUUUAUCAGAUGAUAAUAUCAAACGUGAUUUAUUGUGAACGACAAAUUAAUUGUAUCGGAUAUCUAUUGAAUCGAGUUGAACACUUAUUUAGGGAAUAUGAACACUACUAUAAGUCAGUUAUUGAUAAGAUCUCAAACGAUUUCUAUUCAGUAAAACAAAUAAAAGAUUAUAUUGGGAUAUUAGAUGCUUUUCACUAUUGGAUAAAUCAAGUGGAAGGUGAAUUUCAAGCUAUCAAACAAAAUGGUGAUACAUACACUUUGACAGAUAUUUAUUAUACGAAAGAAAUGCAAAUUUAUAUGGAACCUUUGUAUGAAUCUGUUGUGAUACAUUUGAAGCGAGUGAGGGAUAUCAUAGUCAGUCGCUUGACCAAUCUACAUAAUCGUUCAACUGUAUUAAAUCAAUUACAAAUUAAUUUUAUACAACAUUGGAAUUACAAGCCUUCCAUUCAUCGUUACCGUACUCAAAGUUUAUGUUCUAACACAGCUUUAAAAUGUCCUCCGGUAAAGAUAAAAAUUCAUAAACGAUCCAAUUCAUCAUCAUCAUUAUUAACAAGUUUCCAUUCUACAGAUAUUAUUACAGAUCAUCCAAUCAGUUUAACAUAUUUUUUAGGGAAGGAUGAUCUGUCACUGAAUUGUUCGCCAAGUUUCUUCAAGAAUAAGAAAUUGACUAGAAAUAAUGAUGCACUAAUUACUGACAUAAUUUGUAAUUUCAAGCAUUCGAGGAAUUCCAUACAAUCACCAUGCACUGAAUCAACUUCAUCUACUUUAUGUUAUUCACAAAAUGAAGAAAAUAACUCAAAUUUGGAAGAAAUAAGCACACAAAUUAUCAAAGAAACAUUACCGGAAGUUAUCGAUUCAAAGAAUAAUUCACCUGAUAGAAUCGUGUCAUUCCCUACAUCAACCAGUUUUGACGAGGAUUUCAAUCUUAGACAUGAUAAUGGUCAUGUUAUAAAAGAUUGGACAACUAAGAAAGAAAAAUUGAUAGAGAAUUUUUCAAGUUUUAUUCAGGAAUAUGAGGUUUGUAGUAAAAACAAUACACUUAUUCAAACUGAAAAUAGGUUGGAGGAUAGAUGUACUAAACAGUUCCACUCUGACGAUCACUAUUUUGGUUCAAUGAAAGAAACUUCGCAUAAGGGAAAUUCGUAUGCUUCCGUUGCAUCAUAUUUGCACCUAUCCAAUGAUAUUGAUGCUUCAUCAUUAUCCUCAUGUAGUACAGAAAAAGGUGCCAACUUUAUGUUGAAUGGCUGUUCACUGCAUACAUUGCUUUCAAAGUCGUAUAACAAUUUACUACAGAUUACCAAGAGAUUUCAAUCAAGUUUAAUCAAUUUUAACAAAACCAAUCUUACAGUAUUAAACAAUAUCAAUUUAGAUAAUGAGUUAAAUAUCGAUCAAAAUAUCUUUGAUGAUGAAACUCAGCUAUCUAUCUUGAAUCCACUUCAUUCUCCAUUGGUAAUCUAUUUAGAUCAUAUUCUGAACUACUUCAAUACUAGAUCUGAUAAAAAUGAUUUAACUAUUGGACAAAAUGAAUUAACAUUUAUAGAACAUAAUCUAACCAAUAUGUGGAAAUAUUUUAACGAAAUUAUUUUAAAUAUGAAAAUAAAUAGUAAACAGUUUAACUUAGCCGAUGAUUUCAUGAAACUGGUGGAUAAUAACAUGGUAACCAUUUAUUUCGAAAAUACAUCUUCUGAUUUAUUUGAUCAAUUAAUCAUAUUGACUAAUGAAAUUCAUUCAUCAAUUAGAGAUUUAAAUAAACAUUUGUCAAAAUUAUCCUCUUUUGAGCAUGAACCAUUUCCAUUACCAAAUUUAUGGUGUAGUUUAUUUAAAACAACAGAUUUAUUAUGCAUAGAAAUGAUUUAUUCACGUAUUUUGAUACUUAUUUUCUACUUUGCCUAUAAAUCAUUGUUAUUUACUUAUGACAUAUUAAGUGUGUAUAGUGUUAGUCGAAUAAAGAAUACAUUUAAAAGGAAUUCGAGUAAUAACUUCAUGGAUGCUUCAAAUAACAAUUAUCUGAUAAUCCUCCUAAAUGAAUUCAAUUACUUACAAUAUAUUUUAAAUCAAAUAAAUCCAUCUAAUUUUUAUCAUUCAAUCAAUCAACAAUCUAAUGAAUCUUUAAUACAAUUUACUACAAUUUAUUUAUUAAAUAAAUAUAAUUCUGAUCAAUAUUCAAUAAAUUUAUUUUAUCUAUUGAAUUCAUUUAUUGAUUGUUUUAAUCAAUCAAUUAAUUUUCCAUUAAAUAUCAUUAAAACAAUACAAAGUAAUGUCAAAUCAAAUGAUCCCAUUCAUGAUAAUGAUGAUGAUGAUGUCAUAAUGUCGAAUAAUAAAUUGAAAAAUCUAAUCAUCAUGAAUCCAUGUAGCUGUGUGAAAACAUCAAUAACUAUGAAUUCAUUAAAAACUGUACACAUUUUCAAAUAUUUAUUCAUUGUCAUUGAAUUGUUAGUUAAUAUACCAGUAUUAACAAUGAAAGAAUUAGAAAAUAGAUAUAAUAAGAAUUUGGCGUUAUUUUCUCAGAUUUAUUCUAUUUGUUAUCGAUUACAUCUCCUGAACGAAUCCAGCAAUACGACGAUAGUGGAUAACCAACCACUACAGUAUGAAGAAUGUAAAUCACGUAUUCAACAACAACAACAAAUUACAGAUCUUAUCACUCAAGGUUUAGAUUUAAACCAUAAAUUAAUGAUAUGGUCUGCAAACUGUCAUAGUCUGCUAGACCGAUGGAAACGAUUAAGCACUCAAGUAGAUUGGUUCAAUGUGCAUGUACAAAACUUAUGGAAUCGAUUACCUGAAACACCAAUACCAAAUCCACCUCAAUUCAAAUUGGAUUACCUACUAUUGGAGACUAAUAAAAAGAAUCAGUUUAUUAAUGAUAUAAAAUUUAUAUCACCAAUUCAAGUAUCGUACAAUAUUUUAAUUUCUGCAAAUUCUCUAGAUGCAUUAUUAUAUUAUAAAAGUUGGAUAGAAAACAUUUUUAAAUCUUUUAAAAGUUUAAUGCCUAUUUGUGAGGUUAUUUUGUGUGAAGGUCACUCAUUGACUAAUGAAUUACUUCAUAUAAAUACAAUGAAUAGUAAUGAAAAUGUUGUAGAUAUUAUCGAAAGUGCUCAGAAGACGUCAUCAUCUUCAGAAUCUUUCAAUAAUAACGAUAAUAAUAAUAAUAAUAAUACAUUUUGGAAUAAAGAGUUUAAAAUAUUUUGGGAUUUAGUAAUUGAAUGGUUGUUCAAUUUACUGGUUGAAUUCAAUCAACAAAUUUUCUAUAUUCAAUUAUUAGAAAAUUGUAUAAAUGAUUUAACAUUAUGGAUUACAUCAAAAAAGAAUCAACUUGAUCAUAUUAUGAAACAAUAUAAAAUUCAAAUGAAACAAUAUCCAAAUGAUUUAUAUCGAAAUAUCAAAGGAUUCAAUGAAAUUGAUUUCAUCAUUAGUGAUCUGUAUAUUAAUGAGAAAAUAGUUCAAUUAAACAAUUUAAAAUUGUACAUUGAUCAAUUUAACAAGAAUCCAUUACAUUGUCAAAAUUAUUUAUUUUAUUCCCGUCUUAUGAAUUCAAGUCAAUGGAUUAUUAAAGUUUAUAAUGAUUGUCUUUUAUAUUAUAAACAAAUUCUAGAUCAUUAUCAACAAAUUAUUCUAAGAAAUAUUCCACAGUUGUCUAUUAAUAAUGAAAACUAUUCAACUAUUUUCAAUGUACUAUACUACUAUUUUCAAGAUUGGUUUAAUUUAAUCAUGAAAAGAUUCUCUGAUCAUGAUUUAAAAUUUAUUCAAUUGAAUGGAAUCUCUAAUCAAAUCCUUUAUGUUAUAACUCAAAAUCUAUAUCGUCAAUUAGAAAUUCGUUUACCUAUUCUCUUAGAAUUAUACAAUUUAGAACAACAAUUAUGGAAACAUUAUAAAGAUUGUGAUGAUGAUGAUAAUAAUAAUAAUAAUACAAUAAUUUCUUAUUCAGAACAAAUUGUUCAAUGCAAGAAAUAUAUGGAAACAUUGAAACAAGUUCAAAUCAAUUUGUUAACUGAUCUUAAUGAAUAUGAACAAUUAAAUUUGUGUUUUAAUCAAUUAUUCAUUGAAAUUGAAGUGUUCAAUAUAAAAUAUCCUGAUAUAACGAUAUAUACAGAUGUUGAUAAGAAUUUUUUCUCAAAGUAUAUUUUUAUUGAACUAUUGAAUGUGAAAAAAACCAAUGAAAAUUUAAGAAAAAGUUUUAAUUUACGUUUAAUAUCAUUACGAAAUAAAAUUGAACAAUUUAUAUCCAAUUCAAAAUUAACACAAAUCAAUACAUUGAAAAUAAUCAUUGACCUUCAUAAAAUUCCCAUCAAUCAAAUCAAUCAAUAUUUAUUUAAAAAUGAAACAUUGAAUACCCUAUUAGAAAAAUUAAAUUUUAUCAAUGUUCAAUUAUAUAACAAUAUUAUUGAAUAUAAUGAUUCUGUUGAAAAUGAUCAAUUAUUGUUAUCAAAUAAUAAUAAUAAUAAUAAUAAUAAUAAUAAUAAUAAUAAUAAUAAUAAUAAUAAUAAUAGUGAUUGUUUAACAUCAGUAGUCAUUGAAAAUUUAAUUAAAUUUUAUCAAUUUUUACAUCAAUUAAUUCAUUUAUAUGGAAAAGUAAAUUUUCUACAACAAAUAAGUGAACAAUUUAAUUUGAUCAAAAAUUUCCAUAAUUCUAAAUCAUUUGUCCAUGAUCCUGAUCAUCAUCAGUUGAUCACAUCUUUAUUGUUAAAUUUUCUGAAUGAAAUUCAUAUAUUAAAGAGAUAUUGGGUAUAUAAUGAGAAUAAUGAUAAUGUUAUGAUUCAGACUAAUCAGUCGACUUUUCAACUGUUUAUUAAUUAUGGUCAAAGAAUUUUGGAUUUAUGUCAAUGUAAUUUGAAAUGUUUCAUUUGUGAAUAUAUUCAGUUAUCCACGAAGUCAUUACUAACGGAAUUUACUACAAUUCGUCUUACUGUAGUAGAAAGACUAGAACAUCUUUAUUCCGAUCUUCAAAUUCAUAUUGAUCAGUUCGAAAAGUCUCAGACAUUUUACGCGAGUAUUAUGCAUCAAUUAAAACAAUCCAAAGAUAUAUGUGAGGCAAAUAUUAAAGAGUUGUUAAUUGAUAAUCAUUGCAUAUGUAGUUCACAUCUAUAUGGUUAUAUUGUUGGGAAUACCAACCUUAACCUUGAUAAUCCUUUUUUCGAUCACAUACCACCUAGUUUGUCUUUAGUUAAUCUAGCUAAAUCUGCUUAUCAACAUACUUUAUUGUCUAAUGUAAAAGAAUCGAUUAAAGAAUCAACACUUUCAUUGAAUGAGGAAUUUCCAAUUUGA